UCAAAAGCGUCUACGCUGGUUUGGUCAUGCCCUAAGACAGCCCAAAGGUAUGAUUCAAAGAGACUGGAUUGAAUCACAAAUCGAGACUGAUUCUAAGUGGAUGAAGUUGGUCAGAAGGGACGUUGAGGAUCGUGGUGGAAGAUGGAAAUAUAUCCGGCAGACGGUGUUGGCAUAA